AUGAAGUAUAUCGAGUCGCAAGAGAUCCUCGAGAUCCCCGAGGGGGUCAAGGUCAGCAUCAAGUCCAGGCUAGUUACCGUCGAGGGUCCCCGAGGAAAGCUUUCUAAGGAUCUGAGCCACAUCGCCGUCUCCUUCACCAAGCCGAAGCCGAACACCCUCGCCAUUCUCAUUCACCACGGAUCGAGGAAAAAUGUUGCCGCUCUCCGAACCGUGAGGACGAUCCUCAACAACCUCAUUAUCGGUGUCACCAAGGGCUACCUCUACAAGCUCCGAUACGUCUAUGCCCAUUUCCCCAUCAACGUCAACUUGGAGAAGAACAAGGAGACUGGCUGCACCGAAGUCGAGAUCCGAAACUUCAUUGGCGAGAAGAUCGUCCGUCGGGUGACCAUGCGCCCCGGCGUCGACGUCGAGGUUUCCAAGGCCCAGAAGGACGAGCUUAUCCUUAGCGGUAACUCUCUCGAGGACGUCUCUCAGUCUGCGGCGGAUAUCCAACAGAGCUGCAAGGUCCGAAACAAGGAUAUCCGAAAGUUCCUUGACGGCGUUUACGUGUCGGAGAAGGGUAACAUUGUGACUGAGUAA